AUUCGGACGGGGACACUCAAGAACGCCAGCAGCGUCAAGGAAAUUAUCGAUUUUCGCACGUAAAGUGAAAAAGUGACUUCGCUGGCAGAAAACUUCAGAGUUCUCAAGACUCAAGUGGAAUUCCAACGAAAAGCAAACCGAAUCGGACUUAUCGAGAGCCCCAGCUAGCCUGUAGUUGUGGGCGUGGCAGCUGGCCGGAGCCCAGGUCCCAAAACGACAUGGCCGACAGCGAGUUCGAGGAGUUCCACAGGCCCAUAUUUGAGCCACACACGAUUGCAGGAUUCGGAACUGGAGCAGGCAGCAAGAAGAAUAAUCCCCAUGCAUUUUACUCUCUAAUUCCCAACGAUGAUAUGGAGGAUUCGCACUCCUCGAAGAGCGAUGGCGAUGGAUCCGAUCAGGAGGACGGCAUCGGCCUGGUGGACCAUGAGCCCAAGAUGCGGCAAGUGGAGGACGACGAGCUGGGCGAUGGCCUAAAAGUCACUCUGUCCUCGGAUGGCUCCCUGGACACAAACGACUCCUUCAACUCGCACCGACAUCAUCCGUUGAACCACCAGGAUGCGAUUGGUGGCUUUCUGGGCAUGGACACCAGCGGAUUGGGUGGCAACAGUGCUCCUGUGACCAUAGGAGCAAGUACAGAUCUGCUGGCACCGAAUUCGGCAGCCACACGUCGUCGUCGCAAGUUGCCCGAAAUACCCAAAAACAAGAAAUCUUCCAUUCUGCAUCUUCUAGGUGGCUCCAACUUUGGCUCCCUGGCAGACGAGUUCCGCAAUGGCGGAGGAGGAGCUCCUCCGGCAGCUCGGAGUGGACAGCAGCGCUCAUUUCUGUCCCUCAAAUGCGGCUACUUGAUGGACGAGGACUCCAGUCCGGACUCGGAGAGAAUGCAGAGUCUGGGCGAUGUGGACAGUGGUCACAGCACCGCGCACUCCCCAAACGACUUCAAGAGCAUGUCGCCGCAGAUUACGUCUCCCGUUUCGCAAUCCCCCUUCCCGCCGCCCUUCGGGGGCGUGCCCUUUGGCCAGCUGGAGAUGCUGGAGGCCACCCACCGUGGCCUGCACAAGUUUGUGCCGCGGCACCACGACGAGAUCGAGCUGGAGAUCGGCGACGCCAUCUACGUGCAGAAGGAGGCCGAGGACCUGUGGUGCGAGGGCGUCAAUCUGCGCACCGGCAGGCAGGGCAUCUUCCCCUCGGCCUACGCCGUCGACCUGGACUACAACGAGUUCGAUCCCACGGUGCAGCUGGUCAAGAAGGAGCGCUACUUGCUGGGCUACCUCGGUUCCGUGGAGACGCUGGCGCACAAGGGCACGGGCGUCGUCUGCCAGGCGGUGCGCAAGAUUGUUGGCGAGUACGGCAACUCACCCACCGGACAGACCUGCAUCCUGGAGGUUUCCGACCAGGGACUGCGCAUGGUGGAUCGGUCGGGCCCGAAUCAAAAUAAAAAGGACAAGAAGCCUUGCAUCGACUACUUCUACUCCCUGAAGAACGUAUCCUUCUGCGCUUUCCACCCUCGCGAUCACCGCUUCAUUGGCUUCAUCACCAAACAUCCCACGGUUCAGCGGUUCGCCUGUCACGUCUUCAAGGGCUCCGAGUCCACCAGGCCAGUGGCCGAGGCAGUGGGUCGUGCUUUCCAGCGAUUCUACCAGAAAUUCAUUGAGACCGCUUAUCCCAUCGAGGACAUCUACAUUGAGUAGGCUUGCAAGAUUCUCGGUUUGUGCUUCUAGUCGAAGAACUCAUUAAUCAAUACGAUAUAUUUUUUGUGCGGUUAUUACGAAUAAAGGGAAGAUAAAUCUCAAGUAUAUUUGCUCUUCUUCAAAGAGAUCUUAACAAACAAAUUCAAUGAGCUCGCAAUAGAAACCCUAGCUAUAGAUUACUAUCAUUUACCCGUUCCUAAAAAUUGUGCAAGACCUUAGACAUGUAAAUAGUUAACUUUGGUUCAAAACACCCACUUGACACUCAAGCUUCAAGCAAUCAGCAAUAGUUGCCCUUUAUAGGAACCCCUUUAUACCCAAGUACAUAGCAACUAGAAAACUGCACAACCAAUGAGUUGAAUCCCUAGGAAACACUUCAAAGAGCCCCCAUUUUGUAUCGGAAAGUCGGUAGCUCAGUUGGGUCUAGUGUGUACAUCAGAAAUGAUUAGUUUAGAUCUGUUUUCGGAACCCAAGACCCCACUGGGACCACAUCCCCCCCUGGCAACAGCACAAAACAGAGUGAGGCCAAAGUAAUCUAGAGAUCUUCGUGUAACCCUAGUUUAGUUAUGUCAAUCUUUCAGUUACGAGACUCAACAAAAUCGAACACUAGCUGCUUCAUUUUCAAGUAUUCUCAAUAAAGCCCAGUUCUAAGCAGACGAAUAUAUACUGUAUAUGUAUACAAGAGAAAUAUAUAAAGAACCUAUAAAUCAAA